UGUGACUUACUAAAGAAGGAAAAGGUGCAAAGUAGCACGCAGUCCCAUCAUUCUUAGGAAACUCACUAGGGACUGCAGCUUAAGAAGGCAAUACCGGGUACCUUGAACCAACUUGCCUGGCUGCCAAGCAUUCUGCUGCUGUUGCUGCUGCUCCGCGAGUCGAAGCCUUAAACUAUCCCCGACGGAUCUUCAUAGCGCUUUAAGAAAAGGCUGAUCCUUCUAACUCCGCCCCUAAGGUCCCGGGACGCCUCCGUCAGAUCCCAUCCCAAUUGGCUGACUAGGAUAUGAAUAUUUAUGUCCUGACCUGUGUGAAUGAGGCGCCGUGCCCUUCCUCACCGCCGCACAGAAAGGCUCAGGGAGCGUGCGGGAACUUUGCUGAGCCUUCGCUCUUCUGGUCGCUCGCCGAGCGUGUCUGGCGGCUCUGGAGCCGGCGUGGUCCUGCCACAGAGCCCAGGGAGCUCCUUGCCUCGCCGCUGCCAGCGCCUUCCUCCUGCCAGGCACGCUGCUUCUCAGCCGGCCCCGUCUCCACGCUCCUACUUGCGACGCCUGCCGAAGAGAUGCGGGGCCUGUCCGGAUGGAUGGUGCUGCUGGUGCUCGGCAGCUGGUUCAGUCUGAGAGCCAAGGGCGCCGUGCCGCUGGCUGGCUUUUAUCCCUUCGGGCUGGCGCAGGGAGACGCGGCCACCCCUCAACAAGACGACGGCGGCUCUGGGCUCCAGCCCAUCGCCGUCAAGUUCCCCUUCUUCGGUGCGACUCACACGGCACUCUACGUAAACAACAAUGGAAUCAUCUCCUUCUUGAAAGAGGUAUCUCAGUUCACCCCCGUGGCUUUCCCUAUUUCCAAUGACCGACGUGUUGUUGCUGCAUUCUGGGCUGAUGUUGAUAACCGGCGUUCAGGACAAGUGUAUUACCGGGAAACCACAGACCAUGCUGUUUUGGAGAGAGCCACUAAAGAUAUUGCACAGUAUUUCCCAGAAUUCCCAGAGUUCUCAGCCCAAUGGAUAUUCAUAGCAACUUGGAACAAGGUUACCUUCUUUGGAGGAAACUUGUUUUCUCCAGUAAAUACUUUCCAGAUAGUCCUCAUCACUGAUGGCCUGCUUUCCUUCACUAUCUUCAACUAUGAGUCAAUAACCUGGACCACUGGCAUGCAUGCCAGCAGUGGAGGAAAUUUAGCAGGCCUGGGAGGGAUAGCAGCCCAGGCAGGUUUCAAUGCCGGUGAUGGAAAACGGUAUUUUAACAUCCCCGGAUCCCGCACUGAUGACAUUGUCGACGUGGAGAUGACGACAAAUGUGGGUAUCCCCGGGCGCUGGGUAUUCAGAAUCGAUGAUGCCCAGGUGCAAGUGGGGGGCUGCAACAACACAACUUCUGUAUGUUUGACACUUCGUCCUUGCUUGAAUGGAGGAAAAUGUAUUGAGGAUUGCAUUACGGGGAACCCUUCAUACACCUGCUCUUGUCUCGCUGGUUUCACUGGAAAACAAUGCCAAAUUGAUGUGGAUGAGUGUGCUUCCAGUCCAUGUCAUAAUAAAGCAUCUUGUAUUAGUGGCAUCAACAGCUUCAGCUGUUGGUGUCCACCAGGAUUUAAAGGAGCUACAUGUGAAAUUGAGGAAUCGCCAUGUGAAACCAAAGAAUGCCAGAAUGGUGGGGAAUGCCAAAUAACAAACAGAACAGCUGUCUGCCUUUGUCAGCCAGGUUAUACAGGAGAAGACUGUGAAAUAGAAAUAAAUGAAUGUGAGUCCAGUCCGUGUCUGAAUGGUGGGCAAUGUAUGGAUCUUGUCAACAACUAUACUUGUGCCUGUGCAACACCUUUUACUGGACACCAUUGUGAAAUAGAUCCUUCAACCUGUGAAGGCAGAAACUGCAGGAAUCGACAGAUGUGCAACUAUAUUCGUCCAGGGCGCUAUGUCUGCACAUGCUCACCAGGCUACUAUGGGAACAACUGCCAAUAUGGUGGCCCCAGAAUAUCUAAUGCCUGUAGCUCCAAUCCAUGCCAGAAUGAGGGUACAUGUCUUGAAAGCAGUCAAGGUUAUAUGUGUGAAUGUUUAGAAGGAUACACAGGAACUGACUGCAGAGAUAAACUCUCAGAAGACUGCGAGUGUAGGAAUGGAGGAAAGUGUCUGGAUGGAAAUGUCACUGUGUGCCAUUGCCCACCUGGAUAUUUUGGGCUUCUCUGUGAAUUUGAAGUGACUACUACACCUUGCAAUAUGAACACCCAGUGCCCUGAUGGGGGUUAUUGUAUGGAGUAUGGUGGCAGUUACCUUUGCGUGUGCCAUACAGAUUAUGGCAAUAAUCACACUGAGCCACCCUCUCCAUGUGACUCAGAGCCCUGCCUGAACGGUGGAUCUUGUGAUGCUCAUGAAGACUCCUACACCUGUGACUGUCCCCGAGGCUUCACUGGAAAACAUUGUGAGAAAGCAAGACCCAAAUUGUGCAGCUCUGGACCCUGCCGCAAUGGAGGGACUUGUAAGGAAUCAGACGGGGAAUACCACUGUACCUGUCCCUACCGCUUUACAGGAAAGCACUGUGAGAUAGGUAAACCUGAUCCUUGUACCUCAGGGCCUUGUCAUAAUGGGGGCACCUGUUUCCAUUAUAUCGGCAAAUACAAAUGUGACUGCCUGCCUGGAUACACUGGACGGCACUGCGAAAUAGCUCCUUCUCCUUGUUUCCUGCAUCCAUGUAAAAAUGGGGCCACUUGUGAGGAUUUUGGCAACAACUAUGUCUGCAUAUGCUCUGCAGGUUACACAGGAAGACAUUGCCAAUCAGAGAUUGACUGUGGUAUCCCCACUGAAGUGAAGCAUGCUCAGGUAGCAUUUAAUUCCACUAAGAUGGGCUCCUUGGCAAUAUAUCACUGUGCUCUUGGUUAUAUUCUGAGUUCCCAAAAUAACCCUCGCCUAUGUUUGGCACAAGGCAUCUGGAGUGACCCACCAGAAUGCAAUGAAAUCGAUGAGUGCAGAUCUCAACCCUGUCUGAAUGGGGGGUUGUGCAAAGAUCAAAUUGCCCAUUACCUUUGCUUGUGUAAAGCUGGCUAUACAGGAAACAACUGUGAGUUGGAAAUUAAUGAAUGUCAAUCUAGUCCAUGCAAAAAUGGUGGAGUCUGCAAAGACCAGCCAGGAUCAUUUAUCUGUCAUUGUACUGAAGGCUUCAUUGGAACGCAUUGUGAAAUGGAAGUGGAUGCCUGUAAAUCAAAUCCAUGUCAGAAUCGAGGAAGUUGUGAAAAUCACAGUGGUUCUUAUCUAUGUGUCUGUCCAGAAGGCUUCUUUGGCUAUCACUGUGAGUCAGUUAGUGAUCCCUGUUUCUUCAAUCCAUGUGGAAAUAGAGGCUACUGUCUACAAACUAAUGAAUCUCACAUCUGCACCUGCAAAGUGGGCUAUACUGGCAGGAAUUGUGAGAAAGAGCUGCUGCCACCAAUGUCAUUAAAGGUGGAAAAAGUGGAGGAGAAUGGGUUGUCAAUCUCUUGGCGCCCGCCCAAGGACCUGACUGCCAAACAUAUGAUUGAUGGCUACGCCGUGACGUACGUAUCCUUCGACGGCUCUUACCGCUGGACUGAUUAUGUGGACCGAAGUCGUGCUGCCCACCAUUUGCGGGCACUAGCCUCCGGCAAAGCCUACAAUAUUUCUGUCUUUUCAGUCAAACGCAAAUCGAAUAACAAGAAUGAUAUCAGCAGGCCCAUCAUGCUCGUCACUCGUACUAGACCUCACCCAGUAGAAGGAUUUGAAAUAGCCAAUGUGACUUCCACAAGCAUUACUGUGCAAUGGGCUCUUCACAAACUCAAACAUGCCACAGUCAGCAAGGUGCGCCUGUCCAUAUGGCAGCCAGAGGAUGUAGAGGAUCAUGCUGUAGAAUUAAACAAUACUGUGACCAAAUACACAUUUUGGGACCUACAACCAGGACAGAAGUAUCUUAUCCACAUGUGGACCUUGAGUGGCCUUAGUAGUGAAGAUCAUCCCACAGAGAGCUUUCCUACAUCUCCUUUUUACGUCUGGACCCGACCUCUUUCUCCUAGAAACCUCACUGCAUCCAGAGUUGCAGCCACCUCUGUCCAGAUGACUUGGGAACAACCCCUUGUGGGCUCAGUGGAAGGCUACAUCAUCAAUGUCAGUACCAGCCAGAGUGUAAAGAGCCGCUAUGUCCCCAAUGGAAAAUUGUUUUCCUAUACAGUGCGUGACCUGAACCCAGGUCAAAGGUAUCGCUUAUCUGUGAUGGCUGUUCAAAAUACCGAUCAAGGACAAGUGAUGAGUGAGCCUGCCCAUCUUUAUAUUACAGCCUUGCAGAAAGAUGGCACCUCUGAAAGACGCUGGAGCCAAACUGUGCAUCCGCGGGUGCUGAGAAACAGAGUGCCCCCAGCCUUAAUACCAGAAUUGCAUGUGCUUGCUGAGCACUCUGUCCCCGAAGACCCUUCACUAACACCCAGAUUUACAGAACUGGUGGAUGGCAGAGGAAGGAUCACUACUAAAAUCAGCAGCUCUCCAAGUCGAUCAGUUUCUGUGAAAACACAACCAGAAGCUCCCAUGAAAGUUGAAGAAAAUGUGGAGGAAUCAACUAGUCGGGCCAAACUAGCACUGCAGCUGUCAGAACCUGAGAGUACCAAGAGAGAAAGUGAGAGGCAGAAUUGUUCCAUAAACUUCUGCAAAAAUGGUGGGACCUGUGUUGCUGGCUUAGAGUCUUACAAUUGUGACUGUACUCCAGGAUUCAAAGGCAGAUUAUGUGAACUAGCUUGUAAAAAGGUGCCUCAGCCUUGUACUCGGCUAUACUCUGAAACAAAACCUUUUCCAGUCUGGGAAAGAGGUGUUUGCCAUUAUCUAUACAAGAGAGUCUACAAAGUGCAUCAGGACAUUUGCUAUAAGGAGAGUUGUGAGAGUACUGUAACAAAUAAGGCACUCAGCAGAAAACAAAUCAACAGGCACUGAAACCACAAUUUUAUUUCUGCUUCCCUAUAAAGAAAUGAAAAGUUAGUGCACAUUUGAUAAUGGCUGGUGGAAAACAGUUUCUCAUUUUAAGGUUGUUUCUCAAUCCUUAAAUGGAAGAGGAAGAUUCCCUCCAUUAAUUCUUCUACUGAUGAGUGUCAGAGUUGUUGUGCCAACAGAAUUCCUCACCGUGAUCCUACUUGCUUUUGGAGUACCAAGGAACUGCCCUCAAGAAACGCUGAAUAACAGUGAUCUGCUACAGAUUUUAAUUGCAACAUGAAUAGAGAACAAAUCCAUUUAUUAAUUUACAAUCAAAAUGCAAAUAUUUGGCAUGAAAUUGAGAAUGAUUACAUCAGUAUCUGCAAUACUGAACAAUCUAGAUAGUCUUCAGCUAUAUAUUUCAUCCCAAGGAUACAAUAGCUUCAUCAUGUCUGUUGACUGAUUUUUUUUAAAAGGGGGGAGGAACUUAGCUGGAACAAAGGACUUUCUACCUUUUUUGUUCAAGAGAUGUUUGCCAUAUAGCCCCUUCUCUUCAGCAAGAUUAUAAUAACACUUUCAUUUUCAGCUUCUUUUCAUCAUAGGAUUUAAUUUCUUUAUAUAAGUUGAGUAAAAGUUCUUUUGCAAGCUACCCGCAGAACAGUACUCAAGCUUCACAGUAUUUGAGAUUUGGGCAUAUAAUCUGAUUAAUGGACUGCCUUAAAUCUGAGUCCUGGGAAAAAAGUGUUCUCUUUAUAACCUAAAAACAAAUCUUAUUGCCUCAGAAAUUGACCCCCUUGGGUUUUUUUUUUUGUUUGUUUGUUUCUUUGCAAAAUUAACGUAAAUGAAAAAUUAUCCCAUUUUUUUCAGCCAACUCCCUCAAUUCCUUACUAACAAAUUAUUAGCACUUCAUAAGUUAGAAUAAUGAAGAAAAAACUGGCGGCGGCAGCAGCAGCAAUAGAGCAUGCUACCUGUCUUUUAGAAAAGCCAAACAGAUUUUUAGUUGUUCUGCCUUCCAAUGCUGUUUAUGACAGUUUCUAUGCUUUCAUAAAGAAUUUUCCUGAAAGCCUUAAUGUUUAAUAGGUAAAGUAUUUCCUUUGAUAUUCUUAAAAGACAAAAUUGUGAUGCCAAUGGGGGAAAAAAGCUUUCAUCCAUCUUCAGUGGUGUUUAUUUUGCAAAACAUGAUGACUAGCCUUCAAAAAAGCCUUACUAUUACCUAGCCUUUGUGAACCGUAUGACUAGUUAAAACUAUAAGGUUGUGUUUAAAUAGACAUAUAUUGUAUUUUAUAAAACAAUACAACUAGAGAGUCAUAGUUUUAAAUUACUCUUCUGGCAGGUAUUGGAUUAUUGCUGAAAAGGUGCACCCGUUGCCUGCAAAAUAAGUCAUGGCAAAUUUUAAGAGCUGUAAAUAUUGUUUAUUUAGCAUAGAGGAGCAUAUUGAAAAGGGGAUAUUUUUCUAAUUGGAAAGACAAUAAUCCUUGCUAUUGGCAGAAAUACCGUAGCACAAAGUGGUUCCAAAGUUCCUUCAAUCUUUUAAUAUUUUAACUAGUUUUUACUUGUCUUAUAACUUUUAAGCUGCCCAGAGUCACCUUGUAGGGUAGAUGGGUGGUAUAAGAAAUAAAUUUUAAAAACCUGGUAAGUCAUCAAGAGAUGCUUAGCUGCAUUCCUAUAUAAGUUAUUUAUGUGUGUUGUGAGUAAUGGAUAAUACUGUCCAUUUGUGAUUCUUUUCCCUGAUGGGGAUGGCACAACACUAAAGGGCUACAGAUUAAAAAUGUAGAAUUACAACUUUUAAAAACCCAGUAAUCUUCUGCUACAAUCAAUGUAGCUAGCAGAAAUAUUCACACAUUUAUAUUACCUGGUUGAACUGGUGCAUUGUUCCCUUUACUUCUGAUGUUUAGAUGUGCCCUACAGUAACAUAACUUGCACACAAGAGAGCCAGCACCAGGCUUAAGAGAAUUACUGUGUAAAAACUUAAGAUUGUGGCAGAAUCUGGAAAAAAAUAACCAAAUGAGAACUGAGUAUGGUCAGCAGAAAGUGUGUGUUGGGAAGACUACAAGAAGGAAGAAGGAAAUCCUUGAAAUUUUGAACAACUACUUUAGCACUGCAAUUACGCUAUGUAUUUGGCUUAUGAGAACCAUCUCACCUUUUAACGAGGAUAUUAAAGUUUCCAAGAAUAAAGAGAAUGAAAGGGUAGCACCAAAAUAUUACAUUUUUCAAAAUCCAAAGUAAAUUUUUAAAAUAGUAUCUGCAAAAGACAAACGGUAUGAAAGAUCUUUAUUGCUUGUUCCUUGUUUGUCACAAUUUUUCCUAGAGACUGUCUUAAGGCAGAAGAGGACCUUUAUCAAUCCAGUAUUCUGUAGUCAGAUCAAGGCAUAUGUACUGCAUCAAUAAAGUAAAAAGGUUUUAUUUUAUUAAA